UGGACGCGAAUGUUUUGAUGCAGUCGAUGGACUAAACUAGCUCCUUUUAUUGACGGGACACUGCACAAAAAUCCCAGUUUAUAUGGUGUUAAAACAGCUGCUAUGCGAAGCGAUGCAACAUUGUGUGAAAUAACCUGAGGUGGAUUUAAUUUGACAAAGCAGGAGGAGGGUAAUAAGCUAACAUUGGUUUCUGCGGCGGCCUAGCUAACGAUAGCUGAAGUUGGGACAGUCCUCUCAUUGAAAGAGCUCACUGCGAGGCCCUCAGAGAGAUACUGCUGCUCCUACUGGGAGGAUUUUAUUGUCUAUGUUGCUAUAUUGAUGAUAGAUUAUCAUAACGUUACCUUUAAAAAAAAGUCAGGUCAGGUCGGAAAACCAGCGUGAGUAGGGGGCUUCUCACAACCCAACCAAGGGGGGAAGUGGUUAUCCAUGUCCCGAGUUACUGCAGAGGAAUAACCUUUAAUAGUAACAUCAGCAAUCAUGUCUUUAGUCGCCUAUGGCAGCAGUGAUGAAAGUGACUCAGAAGAAACCUCCUCUGCAGCACCGGAGAGCAAACCGAGCUCAGGAGGGCUCUUCUCACUCCUGCCUGCACCCAAAAAGCCAAGCUCGGUAGGAGGAGACGAUGCAUCAAGAAAGGAGACUAAAGCAAACCGUUCAGCGAGGGACAGCACGUCAAACGAUGACCCAGUUCCUCAGCUGUCCAAGGGAGGCUUAUUCUCCAGCCUGCCUAAGCCGAAAAAGCGAACAGAGCCUGUUAGAAUCACUGUGCCACAGAUCCAGAGGCAGGACUCAGACUCGGAUGAUGAUGAACCAGCAAGGAAGAAACUACAACCUCAGGGUGCAGGUUCAGGUCUGUCUUCCCUUCUACCACAACCCAAAAACAUGACAGUGAAGGAGAUGGACAGAAUCCUGAUUCCUCACGCACUCACAAAGCGUCAAGAGCCCAGAGUACCCAAACCUGGAGCGCCCACCCAGGGGAUCGGCUCUAGCGCGUCUCCCUCCGCUAUCAAAGCUGCAGCCAAGUCAGCAGCCCUGCAGCUGGCUCGACAAAUAGCCACAGACGACCAAGACAACGAGGAGGACAUAUCCCCGCAGAAUUACUUCUCCCUAGGCGAGAGCUCCCAGCCUCUCUCAGCAGUCAUCCCGAGCUUAGACCCUGAGCCAAGAGCCCCCACUGAGCCUCUUCCUUUGGCAGCUGACGAUGAGCCCGGCCAGUCAGACGCUCCUCUCGACUUUGGGGGGAGCCACGAGGGAGCUGGUGCCUGGGGAGGUCAAUAUCCUCAGUAUCAGCAGCAAGUGACUGGCCCAGAGGCUUUCCCUGAGGGAUACUAUAACGAGCCAUACUACCAAGAUCCUAACGCUGGAUCGGCAGAGGCUGAAGAGCCUGGUCACUCUGCCAUGAUUGAUGAUGAAGCGUUUAUGCGGCUGCAGGGGAAAAGGAACAGGGGCAAAGAGGAGGUGAAGUUCCUGGAGAUCAAAGGGGACGAUCAGCUGAGUGGAAACCAACAGUGGAUGACCAAGAACAUGACAGAGGAGAAGCAAGUCCGCCAGUCGUUCAGCAAGAAAAAAGGAGAACAACCUACAGGACAACAGCGACGCAAGCACCAGAUCACAUAUCUCAUUCACCAGGCAAAGGAACGCGAGCUGGAGCUGAAGAACAGCUGGGCAGAUAACAAGCUAACCCGCCGGCAGACCCAGGCCAAAUAUGGUUUCUAAAUGUCAUAUUGUGUGGACUCUUGGUGGCAUGUGGAAACCCUGCGUCUGAAAUUAGAGUAGAGCUUUCCAGAAUUCCCUACUCACACACACACACAGAAAUAUUGCGUUUGGGGAAGAAAGCAAACUUACUGUACAUUAAUACAGAUUUUCCCUCCUGCCCUCCAUCCUGUAUUUGUGUUGAAUUGUUAAUAUUCAGUAGUUUUUGUUUGAUAAGGUGUUGCUCCUCUACUGAAAAUCCACAACUGUUAAACUCCUUAAAUAGUAUUUUACAGUAAAUAAACUGUCAUUUCACUUGUUUUCUAUAGAGGCUCUAUACCUUUCUUUAAGGUACCUCUGUCCAUUCAGUGGCAGAGAUGAUGUAAUGUGACCCUGGGAUGCCCGCCAUAAUCGGUUUCCUUUAAACAUGUAUGCUUCCUGAUCAUAUGGCAAACACCGAUGUGUGACUCCUCUUUUGUGGUGAAGAUAGAAACAACUCUGCCCUGAAACUACUCACCAAAAUAAACAGGUUUGGUUCUCCGAUUAUCACAAAUAUCAGUAAAAUGUUGGCAUUGCAAAUGCGAAUUGGGUCAUUAGACAGCUGUGACACAUUACAUAUUUAUAUGUUGAAUCAACAAUUUUGUAAUAAAAAAAAGUAAAGAUGUUGGAACACAAACUUGCAGUUUCAAAAUGACUCAUGAAGCUUUAAAGGGAGGAAA